AUGACAACGGAGGCUUUGAUGGCACGCGAUACGAUCUUGGCACAUCACACAACGACAAUCGGCAAAGAGAGCCCCCGGCAUUGGAUUCACGUUCCGCAUAAGACAUUCCGACCGUACUUUGAUCGAUCAUUGCUGAUUGACGACUUCAAGAUGGCGGGUCUUUGGCGAUUAUUGAAAAUGCAAUACACGCCACCUGCAGACCCUCUCACCUCCUUCGCCGGCAAGACCGUGCUGUUGACUGGUGCAACUUCUGGGCUGGGUUUUGAAGCUGCUAUCAAGUUUCUCAACCUUGGCGUGGACUCUCUGAUCAUUGGAACUCGCAAUAUGGAGCGCGGUCAUCAGGUCAAGCAAGAGCUUGAGACACGAACCAAUCGACCCAAUGUCGUGCAAGUCUGGGAGCUUGAGAUGAGCAGUUUUCAAAGUGUGAAGCAUUUCGCAAGUCGCGCAAAUAGUGAAUUGAAACGCCUGGACAUGGCGUUACUCAACGCCGGACUGUGGAAUCGUGAGUAUGCACAAUCGCCCGAGCACUGGGAAGAGACGUUGCAGGUCAACACGUUGUCGACGACGUUACUGGCUUUCCUACUUCUGCCCAAGCUCAGGGAGAGCUCAACUGAGACCAAUCCAACCCAUCUGGCGGUGGUCUCGAGCCAGCAAUUUGCACAAGUCAAGGCCGACAGCUUGCAGACCGACGGUCCACUGCUGGAGUAUCUGAACUCGCCAGAGAGGUUUCAUGGCCCACGACAAUACGGGGUAUCCAAAUUGCUCUUGGAAUACAUGAUGAAGACCCUGGCAGGGCUGGUCCGCGAGGAGAAUGGAACCCUGCCUGUCAUAGUGAACACUAUCAGUCCUGGUCUCUGUCGAUCGUCGCUUGGCCGACAGUACGAUCGUUUCUAUGAGCGAUGGUUGGUAUGGAUCAUGUACAGGCUUUUUGCGCGAACGACUGAGCAGGGUAGUCGCUUGUUGGUGACGGGUGUAUUGCAAGGCGCAGAGGCGCAGGGCAAGUGUUGGCGAAAUGAUGGGUAUCUGGAUGAGUCACAAGCAUUGACGACUAAAGAAGAAGGAGAGGCGUUUCGAGCCAAGGCUUGGAGGGAAAUCUCAUUGCUCUUGGAGCAGGAAGCCGUAGAAGUUCGAGAGAUCACCCAGCGAACUAUUUAG